AGUUCCUGGUUCUCAUACUGUUUUGGUAUUCUUUAUGUCCCUUUAGUGGCCUUCCUUCCAUAUCAUGGAUCAUUGUUGAUGGUAUGGGAUAAAUUGUUUAUAUUUUAUUUCUGGAUAAUCUUGUUUUCUUGCACUUCAAAGGGUCAGGAAUCCACAAUUUAUGUUGCAAUGGAGUAAGAUCCGUGGGAAUAAAUGACUUUUGAGCAUGUUUUAUGUCUCCCCUUCCUCUUUUUAGCAAAAUUUCACAGUUCUCUAUAUUUCUUUUGAAGAUGUCAUCAAGAAGUCAUUGCAUCCUUUUGUAUUUUAAUCUUACGUUUUUACCAACCUAAGUAUGGUUUGCACUGUCAAUUUCCUAAGUCCCAACUGGUGCAUAUGCAGUGGCAGGUCUUGCACCACCAUACGUGCUAUGUCUCCAGUAACUCUGCUUAAAAGCCUGACUGUAUUUUGUGUUAAAGGCUCAGAUACUAUACCCUCCCUCUAAUUUUCAUAUGAUUUGAAUGUUGUUCAGAACCUGACUUGUCUUCUAACUUUGUCUUUGUUGUGUAGCCAAAUAUCACACUUGGGAAGGUUGUGAAAUCUCAAGAUCAAGCUAGGUCAGAAACUUUGCAGAAGCCGGUGAUGAGGCAUGUGUUUUUGAGACCUGUGUUUUGUAUAUGUGAAUUAUGAUCUCUUUAUACUGUUUUUUUGGUUCGUGGUUCCUUUUAGCAGGUUGAGUUUGAAGUCAACAGCCUAAUGCUUGGGAGUGAUGCAUGCCAUGAAGUAGUCCUUGUGGAAGGAGAGCUAGCCAGCACCAUGGUAAGUGCCAAUUAAUUGUUGGCUUUCACUAUGGUUUUACAGGUAUACGCUGGAAUGCUUUUGUGUACUUGGAGCGUGGUAGGCCAUGUGCAGAGCCCAGCUGACACACGAAGCUAAUGAAUUAUAUUGGUUCUCUGAGGGCACUUGUCUUCUCAUUUGCUGCCUUAUUUGUGCUGUUGCGGCAUAUGUCUUGGUCUUGUUUUAUGAGUUUGGAUCAUUAAGUGUCAAAAUGUGUAAAGUGACCUGUGGCUUGGGUUGGCAGGUUUUGAUUCUUGUAUCAUUUAGAUCUCAAAACCUUUAUUCAAAUCUUUGUACACUUCGCCUCCUUGUAAUACAGUUCAUUAGCUGUUUCUUGUUAUCUAAUGCUUGCCUCUUUUCUCUCUCUCACGCCUUUUCUUUCAGAUAACCUGGCCAUUGUCAAAUGUCUGCAAGAAAUUUAUAAAUUAAGU